CAAGAUUAUUAAGAAUGUGAGAAAAUGGAUAAAAAGACAUUAAUGUUAUUAGCCGAAUAUUGGAAGGACCCUGUUGCAAAAAUUAGUAUAACAACAACUUUAACGAUAUCAGUUUUAAUUGCCUUAGUCUACAGCACUUUUUCUGCAUGUACUAUCAUCUUCUCUUACAUCUUAGGAUGCAUUGUUUGUGGCCUGAUAAUAUUAUACAAAGAUGUUAUUUUUAAGUACAUUCCACAAUUUUGUACCUUAUUUGGCUAUAGAGACUUACAGAAACCAUCAGUUCCAGGAAAAUUGAUUGAAUGCGAUUUGUGCAACAAUGGCAAAUGUUUGCGGCAUAAACCAAAGCCAAUAAAAGAACCAUGGAAUAAUUUGUAUAUACACAGAGAUUUAGAUCAUUCCAUAAAACAACUCUAUGAAAAAAUUCUUGAAAAUUUUGUUAUUGGUUGGUAUCAAGAUGUAUCAAAAGACAAAAGAUUUGAAUAUGCUGUUAAAAAAUCAUUGAAAUAUUCUACAAGUAUUGUACUACGCAGAGUAAAACAGAUUGAUUUUUCCAUACUACUGAUGGAUAAGUUACUUCCGGUGGCCUUAUCUCAUUUAUAUGGAGUUUCAAAAUCAAUGAAAUCUCGAAAAAAUAUUGAUAGUAACACUGGAGGAAAUUUUAUGAUCUGUGCCAAACCUUAUGUCCAGCAUUAUGCUUUAAAGGACAGAAAUACUGAAAUUGAAUAUAUAAGAACAAUAACUGAAAAACUAAUGCCAUUAUUAAUUGAUAAAGAAGAUCACGAAUGUAGAAACUUCAUAUCACUUAUCCGAGAAAUAUUAUCCUGUUGGGUUCUAUUGCCAUUGACUGAUUGCUUAGCUGAUCCAACUAUUAUUAACAAUAUAAUUAUCAGUAUUUUUAGCAAUACUAAGGAAUAUGACGAUGAUUUAAAAAAUAAGCAGGUUCCAUUAUUAAAAGAAUUUUAUAUUAUGCCAAAGCCUUUAACAUUUAUACAAGGAAAAUCUACUCUUGCAUUAUUAUUGAAAAAUCACAGCUUGUUGUAUUGUUUCAUGCAAUAUUUGAAAAGAACAGAUCGAAUAAAUCUAUUACAAUUUUGUUUGCACAUUGAUGAUAUGAAUAAUAUGCUAAUGAGACCAGCACCCACUGGAUUGCCAAAUUCCACAGGAAAUUCAAAAGAUAUCAAACAAAAACAUUUAGAUCGUUUGCAGAAUAGUCUGCAAUCUGUGAUGAAUGUAUAUUUGCGUAAUAAUAGCUCUGAUCAGUUAAUGCAAUUUGUUACCAUUUCACCAAAACAUCUCAAAGAUAUUGAAGCCGUAACUAAAAUGGAUCCAGAAAAGGUUGGCUUAGCUACUGUAGCUCCAAUUUAUGAAUUGUAUGAUAAAGUCUUUUCAUACUUGGAUGGUCUACUGAAUGACUUUUAUACAAGCCCUGAGUUUUUGGAAUUAACAUAUGGGCCUAAAAAUCCCGUUGAGGUGUGUAAGACUUCUAUAAACAGUUCCCUUAGACCUCGACAACAUCAAAAUCAAGCUAAUCAAUCUCCAUUACAAUUGUCUCAGACUCAAUCUCGUUUGAGCAACAUUUCAACUAAAAUUAAAGGAGCCCUGCGAGGAGGACCAGUAGAUGGUCAACUACUUCCUAACAGCUCUUUUUAUACAAUGGAAUAUACUGGACAUCAGAGUCACUAUCCCAAACUUUCAGAUUACAUUGUAAAAGUGCAUAGUGUGGAAAAUACAAAUGGAUCACAGACAUCAGAAGCAUUAUUUAGAGUGCAUUGUGAAGUGCAGAUAUAUCCUUUGCCAAACUCAAUGCUACCGAAUUAUUCUCCGAAUAAUUUUGUAACACCCCACAAUGUAAUGCAAACAGUUAAAGAGAAAUCUUUUCACACAUUAAGAAAUGAAGUGGGAAGCACUGGUGAAUGGGAUGUAUUACCAGAUGUUAGAACUCAUUCACUAGAAGAACGUAGACUAUCUUAUGAAUUAUUUCUCCAGUCAUUGGUUGCUAAUAAAUCAUUGUCUCGCAAACAACAAGAACGUGUUGCAUCAUUUCUCAUGCCACCUACUUCUUCUGGGUUAUUGUGCUCAAAUAUUGAUGGACAGCAUGAUGAAAAUAUCAUUGCUUCUGGAGGAAUGGCCAGUGAUGGAAAUAUUGGGGCAAAUUUAUACCAGUCAGUUGCCCAUAAGUUGAGAAAAGAACGCGGACAGCAUUUGCAAUGUUUUACAAGUGCACUAUUCAAAAGUGUUCAAGAAUAUGGCAGCAACGGUAACUACCCGAGUAAUACAGAAGACAUCAAUGGUAAAAAUGAAAUACUGCGUAAUUCUACACAUGCCAGUGAAAAGAUGAUUAAUAAAAGACUGUCAAAUAAUAGAUUUAGCUUGGUAUUUGGUGAUCAUUUCAGAGAGUCUCAAAGAUUUGAUGGUGAUGAAUAUUUUCACACUUCUAUGCCUUCAGUUGUUAGGGGACCAUCACAAUGUAUUUUGUUCCUAUUGGUGCGUUUGCUGAGUGCGCCGAAAUUUGUAAUACGUGUUGUAUUAGCACUAAGCAAUUUCUUCGGAACAUUUCUUGAUAAGAUAAUUAAUUGCCUAGUUCAAAGAAAAAUUGUAGAAUCGAGUGAAAUUUGUGAAAUUGGCUUAGCAAGCUUGAUAAAUAUGCUAACAGAUACAUUGUUUCCUGCAACUAAGCCAGAAAAGAUUGAAAAAUCUGUGGUAGCAUCUAAUAAUGCUUUACUAUGUGAAACUGCAAAGCAAAAACUUCACAAGUUCUCAAAUACAAAAAGGCUUAGUAAAUAUUGGCCUGAAUUGAGCAGAUGCUUACUUGAAAUGCAUCAGGCUUUGCAGCAUCCAACACUCAAUAAACAGCUGGUGUAUAGUUUGUUUGAUAUAGUUAUAACAGAAAUAUUUCCUGAGAUAUUGAACUGA